AUGAGCGCCUCAUCUACGGUUGCUAGAAGGGCUGCGUUGCGCAACCCCUUGCUCGGCAGUGCCCGUCAGUUCUCCAGGGGGGUGUCUCCCGCCCUGCUAGCCCGCCAUGUCAGCCGCCAGUCGCAGUCGCCUGCCCUCGCACUCUUGAUCCCCCGCCGUCACCUGAGCACCGAGCAGCAACGUUCUAAUGGCUCGUCGCUCCCGCCUCCCGGAUUUAACGCGGAGCAGGCUAAGAAGCCGCUUCCCCACAAUGAUUCGGCAACGUCAUCGAUAAUCAAGGAUGCAGCCGUGACGGGUCGCGGUCCUACCACGCUAGAGGAGGUUAAGAUGUCGGAGCUUGAAGCCAAGAAGAUUGUGGUGGCUGAAAAGUCAGAGGUGACCAAGAAGGAAAAGGAGGAGAAGAAGCUCACAGUCUGGCAAAAGGUCAAGAAGGAGGCUCACCAUUACUGGGAUGGCACCAAGCUGCUCGCCGCUGAGAUACGCAUCAGCUGGCGCCUGGCACUCAAGAUGGCUGCCGGUUACGAGCUGACGAGGAGGGAGAACAAGCAGCUGCACAGGACUGUCCAGGAUCUGGGUCGUCUAGUGCCCUUCUCAGUCUUCAUCAUCGUUCCCCUUGGUGAGGCCCUACUGCCCCUCGCCCUCAAGCUCUUCCCCAACAUGCUGCCCAGCACGUUUGAGGCUCAAAAGUCCAAGGACGCCAAGGCCAAGCUGCUCCGCUCCACCCGCAAGGAAGUCAGCACCUUCCUGAGGGAGACGUUCAAGGAGACCGGCCUGCCACUCAGUCCCACCACGGCCCAGAGGGAGGAGUUUGCCAACUUCUUCCGCAAGGUCCGCUCGACCGGCGAGGCCCCGACGGCCCAGGAUGUCAUCAAGGUGUGCAAGGUGUUCCGCGACGACCUGACUCUCGACAACCUUUCGCGCCCUCAGCUCGUGUCCAUGUGCCGCUACAUGAACCUCAACACUUUUGGCACCGACAUGAUGCUCCGUUACCAGAUCCGCCAUCGCAUGCGCCAGAUCAAGCGUGACGACAAGGCCAUCAGCUUCGAAGGCGUCGAGAGCCUGACGGUCGCUGAGCUGCAGACCGCCUGCGCCGCCCGCGGCAUCCGUACCCACAGCGUCUCGCCCGCUCGCAUGCGCGCAGACCUGCAAACGUGGCUGAACCUCCGUCUCAAGGACAACGUCCCCUCGACGCUCCUCGUGCUCAGCAACGCCUACAUGUACAACCAGGACCAGGGCAGCGAGGGCCACAGCCAGAUCGACGCCCUCAUCGGAGUCCUGUCUUCCAUCCCCGAGGAGCUCUACCACGAGAUCGAGCUCGAGGUCCAUCACGCUGAGGGCGCCGCCACCAACAAGCAGCGUCUCGAGGUCAUCAGGGAGCAGGAGGGCCUCAUUGACGACGAGAAUGAGCAGAACCAGGAGAGCCAGAACACCGGUCUCGCCACGCCCCGGGAUACCGAGGACAUUGACGAGAAGGAGGAGCGCGAGGAGCGCGAGGCUGCUGCCGCUGCCGAGCCCCUUGAGAAGGGUCAGGCUGGCGAGAUGGUGACUGCUGAGAGGGACAUGGCUGCCGCCGAGCGCGAAGAGCAGAAGGCUGCUGUCCCGACGGAGGGCAGUGAGCAGAAGCAGCAGUCGGCGUCGGAGGAGAAGAAGAACUAA